GAUCGGAGUUUCGCUCUGCCUCUCGCUGUGUGGAUUCCAGCUCUCACAGCCUGCUGCCUCCUUGUUAUUGGAAACUCGCACCAGACCACCGCCGAGGAUUUCUCUAUUGGAGAGUAAGGAGCUGUGAUCGGAGCUUCUUUUGGGACAUUAGGGUGAUUCACGCAGCAUGGAGAUGAACGGCCGUGCCCUGCCACCAUCGAUACCUGAGGAUGGCGAAGCCCCGGACCACAUUUUUCACGGGGAGAUGAACGGCUACCACCAGAGGCUUCACGGUGGGGAUGCGGGAGAGGCUGAAGUCCCCGUGUCCAAAUCCCAGAGGCGGAAAAGUGACGUCAAAGUCUAUAAGGAGUUUUGUGAUUUUUAUGCUCGCUUCAACAUGGCCAACGCGCUGGCCAAUGCCAUGUGUGAGCGCUGCAAGAGCGGCUUUGCCCCAGCAGAGAAGAUCGUCAACAGUAACGGCGAGCUUUACCACGAGCAGUGCUUCGUCUGCGCCCAGUGCUUCCAGCAGUUCCCGGAGGGGCUCUUCUACGAGUUCGAAGGGAGGAAGUACUGCGAACAUGACUUCCAGAUGCUUUUCGCUCCCUGCUGCCACCAGUGUGGGGAGUUCAUUAUUGGCCGCGUGAUCAAGGCGAUGAACAACAGCUGGCAUCCGGACUGCUUCUGCUGUGAUAUCUGCCAGGCCGUGCUGGCAGAUGUUGGAUUUGUUAAGAAUGCUGGGAGGCACCUGUGUCGUCCGUGCCAUAAUAGAGAGAAAGCUCGGGGACUGGGCAAGUACAUCUGCCAGAAGUGCCACGCCAUUAUCGAUGAGCAGCCGCUGCUGUUCAAGAAUGAUCCCUACCACCCCGACCACUUCAACUGCAGCAACUGCGGCAAGGAGCUGACAGCUGAUGCCAGGGAGCUGAAGGGGGAGCUCUACUGUCUCCCCUGCCAUGACAAGAUGGGGGUCCCCAUCUGCGGGGCCUGCAGGAGACCCAUCGAGGGCCGCGUGGUCAACGCCAUGGGAAAGCAGUGGCACGUGGAGCAUUUUGUGUGUGCUAAGUGUGAGAAACCCUUCCUGGGACACCGUCACUACGAGCGUAAGGGCCUGGCCUACUGUGAAACGCACUACAACCAGCUGUUUGGGGAUGUCUGCUACCACUGCAAUCGUGUCAUUGAAGGAGAUGUGGUGUCUGCCCUUAAUAAGGCUUGGUGUGUCAACUGCUUUGCCUGCUCCACUUGUAACACCAAGCUGACCCUCAAGAACAAGUUUGUGGAGUUUGACAUGAAGCCGGUGUGUAAGAAGUGCUACGAGAAGUUCCCUCUGGAGCUCAAGAAGAGACUGAAGAAGCUGUCUGAGACGGUUGCGCGUAAAUGAAAACACACAUCUGUGCCGCUGGAAAGAGGGCAGGCACUCGAUAUGUGUGUGUUUUCAAUGAUUGAUUAUUAUUUUAGUACAGUUUUCAGCACUCUUGUGUUUUCAGGUACAGUUUGAAAGCCUUGACUUCAUGAACCUGAAAUUCGCAGUAUGUCUGACAUGUCGCAUCGCUUUAACCUGUCAAGUGCCUUUUGCCUUAAAAUCUACAGCGUAUUUUCACAGGCUUGCUUAUUUCCCUGCAAUGUAUAAAUAUAAACACACAAUGUCGGUCCUAUAUUUAAUAAGAGUUUACUCACUUUCAGACACCAAAGAUACAUGGAAGUAAAGUUACCAAAGAGCUCAGUUGAGAGAUUGAUGCCACACAGUGUUUUGCCUUGUUUGACUGAUGUUACUGCUGCAUUUCUGGAACAAUCAUGUCAAGCCAAAGACAUUGUAGCUUUAAUGAACAUGUGUAUAAUCUCAUUUGUAUCAUUAUAUGUAUUAUUAAUGACAUAUUUACUUUAAGAAUGUUGAAAAUACGUUAGUUUAGUUUGCUUUUUCAGUGCCACCCCAAUUCUGUGCAAACUGGAUUUUGUUGGUAUUUAAUCAGUAGUUAUCCAAGUUUAGAAAUUCGGUUCAUAAAAAUCCAAAAGAAAACAAUAUUUUUAUGCUAAGUGAGUACUGGAAGGCAGCUGGAUUACAGAAAAAAACCCCAAAACAAAUUCACAUGAACGCAGCUUCAGUUCUGCUCAGUUGAUAAAAUGUCUCCAACACACUGUCAACACAUGCUGAACAUACGGUAACAAGCAUCACAGUGACAGGAUUUAUUACAUGGCAACUGGUAACUGUGUGCGCGCGCGUGCGUGUGUGUUACAACACGACUGUUGUGGCAUGUGCAAGAGACCGGAUGUAACGUUAGCUGUUGGAACACUCGCCUGUGUUGUUGGUAAUCCAGGGAAAGCGAUCCUCUUAUUAAGGAGGUGCACCGACUUCCUCCGAGGCUCAGACCUCACUGAGGAUGAAAAGCCAACUGUUCUUUGUCCAAACAUUUCAUUUGAGUUUCUUUUCAUAAUUUUCCAUGAAAGCUUAACAGAAAUACACAUUCCACUAUUUUAUGAACACGAAGUACAUUCUACUACUAUUGUGCUUCCAUUGACAGCAGCCGCCAUGGUUUUUCUCAUGUCUAGUAAGAGUAAACCUGUUCGCUGAAGUAGGAACUUCAGUUGCACACUGCAUGGACAAGCACUGCUCUGAAAACUAAUUUGAACUCUGACAUGUUUAAAAGGUUGUUUCCACACCCAAAGCGCGUACUCCAGAUUUACUGUAAAUGAAAAGUUACUUUCCUUCCUGUCAGUAUGUUCACUCAUCUAAAUAAACACUUGUGCCAA